AUGGUGCUCACUCUUCUGCACUACCAUGUCCAUGGAGAUCAUCAGCAACAGCAUUCUGACGAGGAAAGAAGAGAUGCUGGAAAUGAAGGUUGUGAUAUAUUCGGAGGAAGGUGGGUUCCCGAUGAGUCGUAUCCUCUCUACAGUUCAUCACAAUGCCCCUUCAUAGAGAGAGAGUUCACUUGCAUACAGAACGGCCGUCCUGACCAAUUGUAUCUCAAAUUCCGGUGGCAGCCCACUGGUUGCAACUUAACAAGGUUUGACGGUGGAGAUUUCUUGAAGAGAUAUAGAGGGAAGAGCUUCAUGUUUGUUGGAGACUCAUUGAGUUUGAACCAAUGGCAGUCACUCACUUGCAUGCUCCAUUCAGUUGUUCCAGAGGCCAACUACACACUUGCUAGGGUGGGUGAUCUAUCCACAUUCACCUUCCCGGAAUACAGUGUAAAGGUGAUGUUCUCUCGGAAUGCAUUUCUAGUUGAUACAAUAGCAACACCUGCUGGCCGAGUUCUUAAGCUCGACUCUAUUCAAAGCGGGAAACUUUGGAAGGGAAUCGACUACUUGAUCUUCAACACAUGGCAUUGGUGGCUGCACACCGGAAGAAAGCAACCUUGGGAUCUUAUUCAAGAAGGAAACAGAACCUAUAAAGACAUGGAUCGCUUGGUUGCGUAUGAGAAGGGGCUCAAUACAUGGGCUAAAUGGGUAGACACCAAUGUAGACCAAACAAAAACCAGAGUCUUCUUCCAAGGAGUUUCCCCAGAUCACAAUAACGCAAGUGAUUGGAGGGAUCCGACAGCGAAAGCUUGCGAGGGACAAACAAAACCGGUGGCCGGGUCUCAGUAUCCGGCAGGACCUCAUCCAGCAGAGCAAGUAGUAGAAAGGGUGUUGCAUUCCAUGUCAUUCCCAGUUUAUUUGCUAAAUGUGACAACCCUUUCCCAACUAAGGAAAGAUGGCCAUCCAUCUGUGUACGGCCACGGUGGUCACAGGGACAUGGAUUGCAGCCAUUGGUGUCUCGCUGGCGUUCCGGAUGCUUGGAAUGAACUCCUAUAUGUAGCUCUUAUACAAAGCUAACUAACACCAGUACUUGAUUAGUU